GGAACAGCCAGGAAGGAUGGUAGGUUCUGCUGCUCGCUUGAUUAAGGGGGUCAGCGUGUGUCUGUGUCAUCGAGGUGGGCAGGGAAGGGGAGGGCUGUGUGGGGCGCGGGGGGGGGGAGCGUAUAUAUGCUGGUGUGGCUGAUACCGUGGAGCCUCACAUCCGAAGGAGCCUGGCUUACUGACAGCUCCCAGCGUCCUGCUUCCAGCUCCUGCACCAUGAAGAUCCUGUUCUGUGACCUCCUGCUGCUCAGCCUGUUCUCCAGCGUGUCCAGCAGCUGUCAGGAGGACUGUAUGACCUGCAGAGAGAAGCUCCGCCCAGCUCUUGACAGCUUCAACCUUGAGGUGUGCAUCCUCGAGUGUGAAGGGAAGGUUUUCUCCGGCCCUCUCUGGACUCCGUGCACCAAGGUCAUGGCGAGGGGCUCCUGGCAGCUCAGCCCUGCUGACCCAGAGCACGUGGCAGCUGCUCUUGACCAGCCAAGAGCCUCUGAGAUGCAGCAUCUGAAGAGAAUGCCCCGUGUCAGGAGCCUCUUCCAAGCUCAGAAAGGGACAGAGCCCGGCAUGGAGGAGGUAGGGGAGAUGGAGCAGAGGCAGCUGCAGAAGAGGUUCGGGGGUUUCACCGGAGCCCGGAAGUCGGCCCGGAAGCUGGCCAACCAGAAGCGGUUCAGUGAGUUUAUGAGGCAGUACCUGGUCCUGAGCUUGCGGUCCAGCCAGCGCCGGCGCACCCUGCACCAGAAUGGUAAUGCGUAGCCGGAAGGGGAGCCCCUCCCAGCUGUACCGUCCACUUCAACCCAUGAGUGUCCGGGUGAUCCCCAAAUCAGCAUGUCUCCAGCCCCAGACCUGCAGGCUGGGAAUCAGGAUUCCUUCCUCCCCAAGGCCCUGAGGAAGGCCUUGUCUCCAGGCCUCCACCCCCAGGGCCCAGCCGCAUCUGGUUGUCUUUCCUUUCCCCCCUCCUUCCUGCCCCCUCCCCCCAUGGCAUGUUUCAUGACCACCCUGUUACUACAUCAGAGUGUAUUUUUGUAAUUCUUCCAGCUAACAUUUAAAAAGCCCCAUCUUUCCUUCUCACCCACCUCUUCCCUCUUCUAGGGGUGGGUUCAAGGAACAGGAAAUCAAGAGUGGGGUUUUGACUCGUCACUGCCAUAACUUGUUUGUAAAAGAGUUGUUCUUUUUGACCUAUUGUUUUAAACAGAUAUUUCUCCAUUAAACUUCUACUGAGCA